AAUAAAAAUGACCUUAAAAUGUUUGAAAUCCUUCUAGGAAUCCCAUAGAAUUUUGUUUUCUAGAACUGGCCAUCCACAUAUUAUCUAGAUGCUGCCUAAUCAACCAUUGCUUGAUAUUAAAAUCUCAAAAAAAAGAAAGAAGAGAAACCAGUUUUAGGAACCCUUUUUAGAAAAUGGUGUGAUUUUUUUCCUAUUCUUAGGCUUAUUGAUGAACCUUGCUACCGUUGCCAUUGAGCCAUUUUAAACUAUAGUAUUUUCCCUUAGGAAACUGUUUUGUGGCAACUUUAGAGCAUUUUUUUAGAACCCAAUAUAUCCAUUGUUUAGUUCUCCAUCUUGUAGGAUUUUUAGCUCACUUUUUUUUCCAAAAAUAUUUUGGGCAUAAAGUUUUAAGUGUGAGUGUGUAAAGUGCAAUUUGUUCUUCUUGGUGAUGAUAAAAAGAAAUCUGUUUUCUCUUUGGUCUUUUGAACGAGGACGUUCAAAUCUUAAGUGUGGGGGUAUUUGAUAAGCCGGUUUUGGGUUAGUACUUUUUAUUCUUUUUUAGGAUUUUUAAAUAUUUUUAGAGUUUAAUUUUUAGUUGUUUUGCGUAGUUUUAUUUUAAUUCUAUUUUUUACAAUCUUUUAAUUUUCUUUCAUAAAUAGUAGUUUUUUAAUCAUUUCUUUUUACAUUCUAUUAUUUUUAUUUUUCCUAACCCAAAAUUAUCAAAUAUCUUAUUUUUCGAGAAAAAUAUAGCAAAAGGCCAAAUUGAAGUUCAAGUUUGAAAAUAAGAGGGGGAGAGUGAAUUGGGUCGGAGCCCAAGCCAAUUAUCAGCAAGAAUUAUCACCCAAAGUGCUCAAAGAGAAAAGAAAGAAAUCCCUGAGCACCGUGACCAAAUCCAAACGGAAGGGGAGGCAUCAAUUUCUCUUUCAAUUACGCAUUCAAGCAGCAACGUCUCUUUUGCGUCUCACUCAUCCGCGCCUUCCUCUGUAACGGACCAACGGGAAGAAAAGCUCCUGCUAUAAAUUGAUAGAAGUACCUUAGGGGAACAACGGAGGAGGGAAUUCACGCGGAGAAUAAAGCAGCGGCUUGGCCGCUGCUAUGGUGGUCGCCGGCGAUGGUGGCAGGCGGCGCGGCGAACGGCCGGCAGACCCGCAGCAGCUCCAGCUCCGGUGGGCAGCCUCCAUCACAGCUCCAGUUUACUCAAUUUGUUCAUCUUCUUCAUCUAAUGGUAACCCUUAUUUGUCAAUUUUUAUUUUUUUCCUCCAAUUCUAUGCUUAGCUUCCGUUGUUUCUUCUUCUCCUCCUUCCUCUCUCUCAAAUUCUCCUAUUUCUCCUCCAUUCCACGCCAAUGGAUACGGCGGCGAAUCAGGCCCAAUGCGACUCCAAAACCGCCACCAGAAUUGUCAAUCCGUCCUCCUCGUCCUUCCGCCUCCGUAGCCCUAGUCUCAACUCCGUGCGCCUCCGCCGCAUCUUCGACAUGUUCGACAGCAACAACGACGGUGUCAUCACCGUCGACGAGCUCAACCAGCCGCUCAACCGUCUCGGACUGGACGCCAACCUCGCCGAUCUGGACUCCACGAUCCAGUCCUUCGUCAACUCCAAAAGCGCGGCGGCCGGCCUCACGUUCGACGACUUCCAGGCCCUGCACCGCUCCCUGGACGCCGAACUGUUCGGCGGAUGCGGCGAGGAGGCCGUCACCAAGGCGCAGGAGGAGGCGGAGAUGAGGGAGGCGUUCAAGGUGUUCGACGAGGACAACGACGGAGCCAUAUCGGCGAAGGAAUUGGAGGCGGUGCUCGCGAAGCUAGGGCUGAUCGAGAAAGGCGGCGAGAUUGGGCGCGUGGAGCAGAUGAUAUCGUCCGUCGAUCGGAAUCGCGAUGGAGUGGUUGAUUUCUCCGAGUUCAAGGAGAUGAUGAGCUGCGUCAUGGGCCGCCAUCGCUGAUCCAAUUGAAUCGCAGAAAGAUAGAUUGAUGACAGAGAGUGAAACAUGCACCUGGUACUUACAGAAGCUCUAUGUAACACCCUAAUCCGUCCAGGUCUGCAGCCCCUUUCGGACUAAAGUAUUAACUUGGUA